AUGUUAAGCAAUGAGUCAAUGGAAUUACUUCUCAAUGACAUAAAGAGACAAUCUUUGAUUAUUAAGAAAUGUUUAGAUAACAAUGAGUUGAUGAACUCUUUGAAAAAUUAUUCUAUUUUAUUAAAUAAUUUAAGAAAUGAUAAACUAUCCCCGAAACAGUACUAUGAAGUUUAUAUCAUUAUAUUCGACUCAUUAAGUAGAUUGACUGUUUUCCUAAAAGAAUCUAAUGCUUCACAUUACUGUAAUUCAAAAACUUUAGUUGAUCUGUAUGAAUUGGUGCAAUAUUCAGGUAAUAUACUACCUCGGUUAUAUUUAAUGAUCACAAUAGGGUCACUAUAUCUAUCCAUUGAAGAUGCACCUAGUAUUGAAUUGUUAAAGGAUAUGAUUGAAAUGUGCAGAGGUGUGCAGAAUCCAAUGCGUGGACUUUUUUUAAGGUAUUAUCUUUCUCAAAGGACAAAAGAUUAUUUCUUGGAUGUGGAUGCUGCAGAAUAUGAUAAAAAUUUUAAUUGUAGUUUUAUAAUUACAAAUUUCAUUGAAAUGAAUAAAUUAUGGGUAAGAAUGCAGCAUCAAGGAUCUUCGAAAGAUAAAGAUAAACGAUUGACAGAAAGAACAGAAUUAAAGAUUUUAAUCGGGUCGCAAUUAGUAAGAUUGUCGCAAAUUAUUGAUACUGAUUUCGAAACGUAUAAUGAUUUUUUCUUACCAAAGGUUCUAGAACAAAUUAUACAAUGUAAUGAUUUACUUUCACAAGAAUAUCUGUUCGAUGUUAUUAUUCAAAUAUUUCCAGUGGAUUUUAAUUUGAAGAUGUUACAAUUGACGAUUUUGCCAAAUCUUUUAAAAUUAAAUAAUACCGAUACAAUUAAAAAAAUUUUGGAGUUAUUGAUAAUAAGGUUACUGAAUGUAGAAUUAGAAAGUGUGUUACAAGAGGCUAGUCUCGAUAACGCGACUCUGUUCGAUGUAUUAUGGCAUUUUUUAAAUGAUUUGAUUGAAAAAAGACCAGACCUGCCUUUCCUGACAUUUAUAGCAAUUAUUGAAAAUUAUUUAUCACUAUCGAUUACUCUGGAUCCUAGAAAUUUUGAUCAUUUAACUUCCAUUUUUAAAACAGUUAUUAAGAAAUUUAAAGAAUUUGGAGAAUCGAAUUUAUCAAAGACAGAAUUUUUAUCAAUUAAAAAUAUUUUAUUGUUUAAAAAUUAUCAAGAUAAGAUUAAAGAGUUACCACAUUUAUUUUUUUUCAACCUCCUAAUAUCCUGUUCGGAAUACAACAAUUUAUUAUUGUUACAACCGUUGAAAAAUCAAAAAGUAAUUAUUUCCUCAAUUCUCGAUAAUCUAUUAUCUGUAACAAUUUCAAAAGAACAGAAGCUCAUAGAUGUUUUCCAUAUCAAUUCAAAAUCAGAAUUAGAAAGUAUACUAUUGUUUGUGGAACCUAUUAUUAAGAAGUAUGAUUCAGAAACUGAUGACGUGAGGGUUCUUUCGUAUGAUCCUUUACAAGACAGACUAGCUAAAUUAAUACAUUUAGUGAUUGCCAGACAAAAUGUUUUUAACAAUGAAAAAUCAAUUAAAAAUAAAAUAGAAUGGAUGAUUAAAUAUUAUCUGAUUAUUAAGAACUGGUUCUACAAAGGUGGUUCCAACACAUAUUAUACUUUUCCAGUAAUAAUCACUUAUUUCUGGAAACUAAUACGAUAUGUUAACUUGGUAAAAUUAAAAUAUAUCGCAAAUCAAGAUAAUGAAGUUGAUGAAAAAUUGGUUGACUAUUUUGAUCUCCAACUUAAACAAUUGUUCAAACUAACCUCUAGAUGCAUUGCUGACUUGUAUCAAUUAUCUGCGAUGGAAAAUGAAAGGAUAACGAUGCCUGGGUAUAAACAAGAAGAGGCCAUUUAUGACACAAUCUUCAAAUUAAAUAUACAAUGUGCAUCUCUUGCUGAUCAAUUAUCGUUCAGUGAAAUAUCAUAUGAUUUCUUCUCUCAAGCUUUCACAAUAUAUGAAGAGAAAUUGAACGAUUCAAAGACACAAUUCCAAUCUUUAAUUUAUCUUGCACAGACACUACAAAAGACUAGAUCGUUGUACCAUGGUGAAGAUAAUAACUACGAAAAUUUAAUUGUCAGAUGCACAUUGCACUCAUCGAAGUUGUUAAAAAAACAGGAUCAAUGUAGAUCAGUAUAUUUGUGUUCUCAUUUAUGGUGGGCGACAGAAGUUUCGUCACUUGGAGAAGAAGAAGAUCAAACUGAUACAUUUUAUAGAGAUGGCAAAAGAGUUCUCGAGUGUUUACAAAGAUCAUUAAGGGUUGCCGACUCCAUUAUGGACAAUGUCCAGAGUUGUCAGCUAAUGGUCGAGAUUCUAAGCCGAUGUAUUUAUUAUUUUGUUCAUUCUACUUCUGAAUACGACAGCCACGUCACUGCAAAAUACAUUAACGGAUUACUUGAAUUAAUACAGACUAAUCUAAACAGUUUGAACAUUGAACGAAAUACACUCCCAAAUGUGGCCUUGUCAGAUAGCGACAACGAUAACGACAAUAAUAAUAAUGCUAAUGCUAAUCGCAGCAGUGCUGCUAAUAAUAAUUUCCACAAAAUCACUUCCUCGGUAGUAGAAACGAAGAAACACGUAGUAACGGGUAAUGUCUCAGUGGGCCUUAAUGGUUCCUAUUUACGUGUUGAUAAUCUAAACGAAAGGAGUCUAGUCUCCAGUAGCAAUAACAAUAAUGGAACCAAAUCUUUAACCGGCCAUGACUCGGUCACAUUACAAGAAAAGAUCGAUUCUCUAUUCCAAUAUUUCAACAGAGUCUGCAAAUACAUUAGCGAGCAACGACAAGUAGACCCCAGGUUCACCGCCAUCACAGUGUAA